AUGGCUAUUUGUAAAGCUAUUCGAUGGAAAUUGGGCGAUCUUGUGAUUCAUGGGGUAAAGGAUAUUCCGGGGAAAUGUGGGGAACACCGUAUGGCAGGGUCAUCGUUCAGUGAUGGCGAGAUUAAGGAAACGGCAGCCAAAUCACUCAUGGGUCUUACACUGUCCUAA